GCCUGUUCGCUGCAAGACUGGCCCAAGAUGCUCCUUCCCCCCCGCUCGCCCCCGUGUCUCUCUCGCACUGCCCUCUACCGCCUCUUCCUCCAACACCUCCGCCUCGUCCCGGAUCCACAGGUAUGGGCCACCGCCGUCCCUCGCGUCCGCAAGCUGCUCAGCACCCCAGGCCCGCCUCCAACCGCACCCCCAGAGGAUGGCGAAGAGAGGGCAAAAUGGGAGAGCAUCAGGUCGUGGAGGGCUGAGCGUGCGAUGAAAAAGGCAAACAAGGUGCGCUCAACGCAGACGGCAGUAAGCGGGCGACUGACCAGCCGUGUCUUCCAGGAGCUGAGCCAGCUACGCGCAGCUGUGGCUUGCCAUCCUCACGCCCUCUUGCGGCUAAUAGAGCGAAGCUACUACCAGCGAGGCGCUUCACGCUGGGAUCGCCUUCGAUCGAUUCUGAUCCAGUCAAAUCCUUCCUCUCCCCCGCUCGAUACUCGUUCCACUCCCAUACCCUCGCCGCUCCGGCCCCUGAUGCCCCGCCAGCCCGGCCCAUCCGAUCCCAUUGUACGUGCGCGAGCAGCAAUCCCAGAGCGGAGACGCGAAAACAAAAAGACCAAGCUGCACGAACGGAACUGGAAUCUCUUGAAAGCACCCAUAUAUCUUCCUGAUCCGCGGCCUGGAUUGGGGCAGGGGAGAGAAAGAGAGAGAGCAAAAGUGGAGAACAUGCGUAUCCUGGCGGGCAUCUCGGAAGGGUUGAUAACCACUCUGGAUCUUCCACCCCACAUCGCUCGCAUCGUUCCCAACCUUGGCUCACGACGCAAAUUACCACUGGAACCCUAUCCGCCCCCGCGUCCGAGUCAUACAAAGCAGAAUCCAUCAACGUGGAAGCUGCCCCGAGAGUUCACCGGACGGCUGAGAGAGCGUGUUUAUCGGCGGGUUUGGUACAGCCUGCCAUGGGUUCGACCCGUCAGCGAGGGCGGGGCAUGGAAAUCGUGUGCGUGGGCAGAGGUGCAGGCGUGGGAGCAAGGUGUCAUGGACAAGGACUUGACGAGCUCAGAGACCCGGGAAAAGAGCGCGGGAAAGAAGGGAAGGAAGGCUGCAAAGGUCAACCAAGCCUCUGAAGACAGGGACCUGGAUCCUCGCAAGUGGCCACAUGCGACAGACAGAGACUAUCAAUGGCUUUCACGGGAUUUCAGUGAGGCUGUUGGUCAACAGCCAAUGUAAUCCACAAAGCAUCAAUAUAGUGUGACGUAUGGAAUGAUUGAUGGAUAUGUUUUCGAAUUUCACAGGUGCCCAUUGUUACCCUUACUUGCCUAAAUAGACAUGAUCGAUCCCUUCUACAAAGACCUGUCUCCGUCACUGCAUAGCUGCAUCCCACAUGGGGAUUGAUGUAAACAUAAC